UGGCCCAGAAAGGGAGUGAGUGAAUUUUUCCGGCUUAUUAGAUAUAGAAAGAAGCCCAAAACGGCCAUUAACAUGUGUGUAUUUAUAAAUAUUGAAACUAUACUUUAUUAUAUUUACAUUUAUUUGUGUAUUCUAUAAACAUAAUCGGAAUCGAAAUAUGUAUCAAAAUGGAAAUAAAACAAACAACAAAAUACAAACCUUAAUAUGCGGGAGGUUCGUUUGAGUGGGACUCUUUGGCUUCUAUGAUCUCCGAUACGCUGGAGAAAAUUGUAAAUAUAUCUACGAAUAUCAAUUUUUCGUUUUAAAUGCAGACCUUCUCCAGUUUUUGGGCGGUUCGUCGUAAUUAACCCCCACUCCCACACACACGCUACGGGUCUGAUGAUUUGAAAUUUACAUACCAUUCACUUCGUUGCUUUUCUUCAGAUUCCGUGUUCAUUUUUAAUCUCUCAGUGCUCGGUGGUCAUUUUUUACUUUCUUUUUAGAUGUACUGUAUCAAAGUGUGUUCGUAAGCUUUAAGCUCUAGGUCUACAAUAUAGGCUACCAGCUCCUAAAGACUUGCAGUAAAGGUCAUGUCCACACGCGUGAUCGUUCCUUAAAUGUUGUCAGUAGACAUGGCCCAGGGGCUGCGUUUAUGUAUCAACUUAUAAUGGGAAAAUUAUUUAUCAAAUAAUUUACUUUAUUAUGAGUGUUUAAUUUCAUUUUUUUCACACUGCCAGAUUUUAUGGCCAAAUUUGGCCCGCGGGCCGCCUAUUAAGGACCAGGGCCGUAGCCCAUGAAGCUUUUUUUGCUAAGCCCAGCUCCUUGCAUAAUGUUGCUAAUGUGUGGGAUCUUAAAGUUACAAAAUACGUAAAAUCCAAUGUUUGUAGGACAUGCGCGUAUUCUUGGCAAUUAAAUAACACGUUUUUAUUGGUCAGUUGUAAAAUUUGAUUGACACAAGAAAGUACAAUCAAGAUUAAAUUAAAAUUUUGCAUAAGAAAGAGAAUAUUUUCCGCCAACCCCACUCAUCUCCUAUACCCCCACUGCCUCUGACUUGUCGCUAUAAUAAUGUGUUGGUUUACAGAAACAUGUGAAGAUACCAGUAAACAUUGUAACAACGGUUGGUACAAGCCACAGUGUGAACGUUACUCAUACGUCAAAAAUGGAUGCCCUGCCAUGUGCGGUGUUUGUGAACUACUGACGGAUGAGAACAGUUACGAGUGUCCUUGCGAUGGAAAAAUAUGUAAAAAUGGUGGACAAUUAGAUACAGUUUCCUGUAUUUGCGAAUGUCAAGACGGAUUUUCGGGAGAUGUUUGUGAGUACGUAGUAACGAAUGUAUGCGAUGGGAAAACUUGUCAAAAUGGCGGAUAUUUAACUGUAGAAACUUGCACAUGCGCAUGCUCAGAUGGAUAUACAGGAACAGUAUGCGAAAAUAUUGUAACAACCCAAGCAUCAACCACCCAAGCGUCAUCCACCCAAGCGUCAACCACCAAAGCGCCAUCCACUCAAGCAUCAGCCACCUCAGAAUCAACCACCAAAGCGUCAACUAAUGCGUCAACCCGAGCAACAACUAGUUCGUCAAUCCGAGCGUCAACCCAGGCAUCAACAACCCAAGCAUCAAUCACCCAAGUAUCAACUACCCAACCAUCAACCAACCAUGUAUCAACCACCCGACCAUCAACAACCCAACCACCAACCAACAAACCAUCAACCACCCAACCAUCAACCAACCAUGUAUCAACCACCAAACCAUCAACCACCCAAACAUCAACCAACAAACCGUCAACCACCCAAUCAUCAACCAACAAACCAUCAACCACCCAUACACCAAACACCAAACCAUCAACUACACAAUCAUUAAUUCAAAUGUCAACCCAAGCAUCAACCACCAAUGUAUCAACCAACCAACGAUCAAUCACCCAACCAUCAACCAACAAAUCAUCAACCAGCCAACCAUCAAUCACCAAUGCACCAACCACUACGUCAUCAACCACCCAACCUUUAACUACCCAACCAUCAACCACCCAACCAUCAACUACCCAACCAUCAACCACCCAACCAUCAACCACCCAACCAUCAAUUCAAAUGUCAACCCAAGAAUCUACACAAGAGUCAACCCAAGUGUCAACCCAACCAUCAAACCAAACAUCAGCCCAAGUAUCAACCCAAACGCCAAAUCAAGCGUCAACGCAAGCGUCAACCCAAACGUCAACCCAAGUGUCAACACAAGCGCCAAUCCAUGCAUCAACCCAAGAAUCAACCAACCAAGACUUAACGCAAGCGUCAAGCAAAGGAUCAACCCAAGCGUCAAUCCGAGCGUCAACUCAAGCGUCAACCAUUCCAUCAGCCCAAGCAUCAACCAUUGCAUCAGCCCACGAAUCAACCGAAUGGUCAACCCAUCCACCGGUGACCGUUUCAACUGACGUCGAUAGUAGAGAAACAAUUACAGCCACAGAACAACAAAAUACAAUUAAUAUGACCACCACUCCCACAAUCUGUCAACUGACUUGCUCCAAAAACUUUGUUGGGGAUAUUAGCACAUGCAAAUGCAUAAAAAAAGAUGGUAAGUUUAAACAUAAAAAACCUGAACACAAACCGAAAAGAAACACUAACAACAACCGGAGAAGGCGCUCCGCCGCAAUCAGUCACAACAAGAACCCGGCGUCUUUUGGCCCUCAUAAUGAAAAGAGGGAAGAACCAUUUGUCAAGGGACAAUGAAAGUUCCCUUAAUGACAAACUGUUAUCUUUUGAAAAUUCCAGUUUAAGCAACCUAUAACACACCAUAGUUUAACUACCUACACGGUUGUCACACAUUUAAACCAUGGUAUCGGAAUAAUUAAUUAUCUGGGUUAAUUUAAUUAAAUAUCUAGUGGGUUUAACAUGGGUAAGAAUGUGCACUUGUUGUUUUAAACUAACAUUCUAACAAUUUUAAAACCGUAUCAUAUUAUGUAUUGUGCUUAUGUUGCAACCAAUAAUGUAGGUCCAAUACACCAUUACAAAAACUAAAUGCAUGCUACCUUUUCGUUAAAAUCUUCUAACAAAUGGCCCGCAACGACAUCAGUUUUGUUUUUGUAUUAUACCCCUGGGUAUUCUUUUUCUGUUAGGAAUACAUCAUUCAUUUCCACUGGAUAAUUCCGAAAUGGAUAUCAGGAAUGCAUGUUGUUUCGCUUUAUAUUAUGCUUUUUAGUUAUGGCUUGCUUAUUUUGCAAUCGUAAUCAGUAUCAAAGUAUUUUGUCAUCAUUAUGGUAUAUUAUGAUCUGCCAUCAUCAUUUGCAUCACAAAAGGACUCCCUUGAUGAUUUAUUUUUUAAUCUAUUGAAAGAAUGAAAUGACGAAUAAAUUACAUAUUAUUCGUCAUAAUAGCAAUGAUUGUCAUUAUUGUCAUGCCAUAAUUAUGUUGUGAUAUCAAGAAUUAUCAUUAGUGCAAUAAUCAUCAUUCAGUCUUCAUUUUAUCAUUCAUUCAAAUAGAUCAUGACAUACUUAAUCAUCGUCAUUACAUCACAAUCCUUUUCAUCGUCAUCAUCAUCAUCAUAAUCAUCUUGAUCAUCAUCAUGUCAAUAUUGAUGCAUGCAUUAGUUAAUUGAUUUACUAAUUUCGUUCUCUACACAGAACUGCCAGUGGGAUCGGCUAAUAUAUGCAUGAGUUCCCCCGUCUGCGUUAUCAUCAUUACUACGAUACUCUUUCUACUAAGUCACGAAUACCCAUAACACUGAAAUUUUGGUUGCACAUUGGUGUAAAUUUUGGAUAUCUGGUGAAGAAAUUAUUAUGGUUAUGGGAACAUUUUGUACACGCCCUUCAUAAAAUAAUAAUAUAAAUUACGAUGUUAAUUGUACUCACUAUAAAUACUUCUUCCGUCUCCCGGAUCUCUUCAGUAUAAAUGAUGUUAUUGUGUACAUCAAAUAUAUCCUGGAGACGGAAGAAAUAUAUCUAUAGUGAGUACAUUUAACAUCGUAUAUUAUUAUUAUUCUAUUAAGGGCCGAAAUGGCCAUGCAAGAUGUAUCCAUAACCAUAAUAUGCCGUAUGUGGACCUAACAGCAGUGAAUAGGUUGAUGUAACUGAUGCGACAUAGAAAUUAUUAUGUAAAUACAUAUGUAAAUUUACUAUAAAUAAAUAUAUAUAUAUUUAGAUGUUAUGUAUUUGUGAGAACCAAAGACAACCUGUGUUAUAAAUGACAGAGAAUGUAGACUCUGCGGUAAGCAAUGGUUAUGAAUCGUGUUGUGCGUGAAUUUUCGUUUAUAUCGGUGAAUAUAUUGCAAUUGUUGUAUGUACAAUACAUGUAAUUACACUACAAUAUAUAUAAAUGAAACAGGCAUGUGUAUCAGUGUUAUUAAUGUUAAUGUCAGUGGGGCGCAGGGUAAACACACUUCUUAUGCCUACAAGAGCUCUUUCUCAAAAUGUUGCACUAACAUUUGGGUUUUAGCAUUUUACGAGAGAAAUUUAGGCCUUUAACGUUAAUUUCCGAAGUGCGAGUUUCGCAAAUGACAGAGAAUGUAGACUCAGCAGUAAGCAAUGGGCUAUUAAUCACAUGUUGUGUAUGAAUUUUCGUUUAUAUUUUUAUAUUCCACUUGUUGAAAGUGGUGAAUAUAUUGUGAUUGUAGGCACAAUACGUAUAAUCACACUAUGAAAUAGGCAUGUGUAUCAGUGUUAUUAAUAUUAUUGUUAGUGGGGCGCAGGGUAAACACACUUCUUAUGCCUACAAGAGCUCUUUCUCAAAUGUUGCACUAAGCUUUGGGUUUUAGCAUUUUACGAGAACAAUUUAGGCCUUUAAUGUGAAUUUGCGAACAACGUGGAGUUUUGCAAAUCGUUCGGGAGCAUCCAAAUCCUCAUUCAUGACCUUUUUUCCCUUAUAGGAAUAAUCUCUCCUUUUGUGUAAACAGGAUAUGUAUAAACGUCUCAGUGUAAAGGGCGUGGGUCAAAGAACGGAGGUAUUAUUCUACUUUACUAUAAUACCUCCAUGGUUUUAGGCACAAUAUACGGUAAUUAUUUUAAACGGUAUUGACAUUUCUUCAUUCAGUCUUUUGGCCUUAAUAUUAAUAAUUUUGUAAAUUAGGGAGGGGAUUCAAUCAAAUAGACUACCAUCCCAUCUGCUACUUUCAAGACAUGGGCCCAAACACGGUCCCCUCCCCGACCCCCGGGCCCGUGAUCAUCGUUACGCCGCCAUGCAAUUCGUGAGAUAUAGCAACCUUAAGUUAUCGUGUGGCGGAUGUGAAUACGCUAAUAUUUCUAGCUCUACAUUCGAAGUCAAAUAAUUAAUUAGUAGGACGUAAAAAUUGAUCUAAUAUACCAGCUAAAGAAAAUAUUUAAUUGUUUAGCAGAUAUUGAGCUAUGCUAUGAAUAAUUUAUUAUCGUUAUUGUACAAAAGGGAAGAAAUUAUGUACAAUUGGAUCAAUAAAACAUAUUGCGUUACCGUA